AUGGCCGCUGGUGAUGCUGUUGCCGACCCCAUCGUGGGUGCCGAGCAGCGCACCACCGAAGCCCAAGAGGAGCCCAAGAGCUCGCUCAUCGCCGUCACCGAAACAGACGCGACCAAUGCUGAUGCUCGGGUCACUGGCGAUGUCUUGAACUCGGACUUGCCCGGCCCCACGACGGAGGAGCUCGCAACUCUGCGCCGUGUCCCUGACAAGAUCCCUAUCAAGCUCUACACCAUUGCCUUUAUCGAGCUUUGCGAGCGCUUCUCUUACUAUGGCUCGACCGUCGUUUUCACAAACUUCAUCCAGCAGGCCCUCCCGCCCGGCUCUAAUACCGGCGCGUCCACCGACCAGCCCGGCGCCCUCGGCAUGGGCCAGCGCGCGUCGACCGGCAUCACCACCUUCAACCAGUUCUGGCAGUACUUUAUGCCUCUUCUCGGUGCGUACGUUGCCGAUGCUCACUGGGGCCGCUUCAAGACCAUAAGCUGGGCUCUCGGUGUCGAUCUCAUCGGCCACGCAUUUCUGAUCCUCUCGGCCAUCCCGCCCAUCAUCGUCAACUCGUCGGCCUCGCUCGGCUUGCUGAUCCUGGCCAUCAUCAUCAUCGGCUUCGGCACCGGCGGCUUCAAGCCCAAUGUAUCCUGUCUCAUCGCCGAGCAGCUGGGCGACCAGCGGCUCUAUGUCAAGACACUCCCCAAGACGGGCGAGCGCGUCAUUGUCGACCCCGCCAUCACCACGGAGCGCAUUUACAUGUGGUUCUACUUCUUCAUCAACGUGGGCGCCCUCGUCGGUCAAAUUACCAUGGUCUACGCUGAGCAGUACGUUGGCUUCUGGCUCUCGUUUGUCCUGCCCACCAUCAUGCUCGCCCUCUGUCCCGCCGUCAUGUUCUGGGGUCGCAAACGCUACAUUCAUCGCCCGCCCGACGGCUCCGUCAUGGUGCCCGCCUUCAAGACGUUUUUCCUGGCCCAGCGCGGUCGCUGGUCCAUCAACCCCAUGUCUACCUGGCGCAACAUGCAUGAUGGAACGUUUUGGGAAGCGGUCAAGCCCUCUUCCUUUACCGCUGAGAGCCGUCCCAAGUGGAUGACCUUUGAUGAUGCGUGGGUGGACGAGCUGCGUCGUGGAUUCAAUGCCUGUGCCGUCUUCUGCUGGUACCCCAUCUUCUGGCUCUGCUACAACCAAAUCAACAACAACCUCGUCUCGCAAGCCGCCGUCCUCCAGCGCCAUGGCGUCCCCAACGAUAUCCUCUCCAACCUCAACCCCUUCUCUUUACUCAUCUUCAUUCCCCUCAACAACUUCCUCAUCUACCCGGCCGUGCGCAAGGCUGGCUUCCGCGUGACGCCCAUUCGCAAAAUCACCGCUGGUUUCUUCGUCGGCGCCGCCGCCAUGAUUUGGGCCGCCGUCGUGCAGUACUACAUCUACCAACGCUCCCCCUGCGGCAAGUAUGCCUCCAAGACGAUGCCCGAUCCCAACAACCCCGGAGAAACGAUCAAGUGCCCGCCCGUCGAGAUCAACGUCUGGGCCCAGACGGGCGCCUACGUGCUCAUUGCCCUCUCCGAGGUCUUUGCCUCCAUCACCUCGCUCGAGUACGCCUACUCCAAGGCCCCCAAGAACAUGCGCAGCAUGGUCCAGGCCAUUGCUCUCUUCUCCGUCGCCUUUGCCUCCGCCAUUGGCCAGGCCUUUACCGGUCUUUCGACGGAUCCGCUCCUGGUCUGGAACUACUCCAUUGUCGCCAUCCUGGCCGUGAUUGCCGGCACAUGCUUCUACCUUCAGUUCAGAGACUUGGAUAUCCAUGAAGACGAGCUCAAUGAGCUUCCCGAGGGCCAAAUGGACAAGCAGCAUAGCGACGAGAAGCUUGCGCCGCUCGAUGAAAAGGGGCUGGAUAAGAAGAGUGCCACUUAA